AUGCCACCUCCUAUGGCUGGCGUACCCCUUUACAGUCCCUAUUCUCCAUCUGUUUUUGGAACUCCACCAGCGUCUUCUGGUCCAAUGAUGCAUCCAUGGAGUUAUGGAAUGCUCUGUGAUCCAUAUUCAUCAAUGGUAAACAGCACUAACAAUAACAAUGCAUCGUUCUCGAAUAUAGUGCCUCAAAUGCCAGCUACAUCUCUAUCGCCACCUACUUUUGGAUUUGAGAGUAGCACUACCAAUAUGCAAAAGCCACUUUCAAGUUUUAUUUCCAAUGGCAACGUCAGUAGUUCGGUUGGCCUAUUUGAUAAAGCACCAUCAUUUGCCCCUGGGUUUGAACCUGUUGUUGUUGCUGCUGCUGCUGCUCCUCCUCCUCCUCCCAUGCCAACAACAACAGCAUCAUCAUCGUCACUUCACUAUUUCGACCUGGCUCCCAUCACUAGUAGUACCACAAAUGAAGGUUUAAAAUCGGCAUCACCACCCGACGACUUGUUCAGCAGUAUGGCUCUUGAUGAUAUUUGGAGUUUUUCCUCUCCUUCAUCAUCAUCCACACAAAUAUCAUAUCCAACAACAUCACUGUCAACAGAGACGGCAACAAGUGCAUCCCGAGGUGGUAGCAGCCGUAUGCGGUGUUCACUAAGAUCACAACUGAAGCCAAAAUUUGAAGAAACUUUACAAAUCUCAGCACGUGGUGGUAAACAUGGUAAGAUAAAGAUUCCUAUGAGUGAAGCUCAAAGAUCAAUCAGUGAUCGAGAUGUACGAUGUGAUGAGAUGGAGAGAAAGAGGAAUGCUCAAUUCAAUGAAUUGACACAAGACUUCAGACUGCAAUCCUAUGACGAUGAAUUACGAAGCGAUACAUCUAAUAUUGAAGAUUCAAAAUCCAUGAUUUGUAAAAAGAUGAAAAAAAUAAAAAUCUCUAAACCAAAAAUAAAAUAUGCUCCGACAUUUGAUGCACCUGUCCACGAACUACUGCUUCUCGAUGUCUGUCCACUUAGUCUGGGUGUCGAAGAUAUUCACGGUCACAUGCAUACAUUUAUUCCUCGUAAUACAACAAUCCCAAAGCAAACUGGAUUUCAUCCCGUAUUCACAAAUGCUUAUGCCUAUCAAACGACAGCUACUAUUCGCAUAUUUGAGGGCGAACAUAAUCUGACAAAAUACGAUACAUUCUUGGGCGAGUUUAGUCUUACUGGUCUAACAAGUAAUUUCGCUGCUCAAACGCUUGAAAUAGCUAUUCGCGUCGAUAUCGAUGCUAAUGGUAUACUUCAUGUCGACGCUGAAGAAGCGCGUUCAGGUGCUAAAGCUUCACUUACUAUCGCAUCCGAUCAUCAGAACAGAUUGACAAAAGAUCAAAUUGAACGGCAUCUAACAUACGUCGAAAGUGAUGCAGAUUUUGCAGCUAAAUCUGUUUAUGAUCGCAAGUCCAAUGAACCAUUGUAUAUGCUUGCUGGUCAAACUGAAGCUUUGCAAAAUGUAUUCCAACAGUAUAUGAGUUUAGGUCAAACAACUGAUAUUCCACUUCUCAGUAAACUGAAUGAUGUUCGAUCUACACCAACAAUGAUUGAAGAACUCAUCAAACUUCAAUCUGAGGAUGGUUCAUUUACAUUGAAUAAAGCUUUAGCUGAUGUACUUCAUAUCGAUCCUGAUAUUUUCGAGGAUCUCGAACAUUAUUUACGCCAACAAGGUUUUAAUUCACUCGCUUUGAAUAUACGCAAUGAACUUCUUCGUUUGAUCGGUACCGGUGUCAUUCUUAUUUGGCUUGUUGUUCAAACUCAAACUUCACAAGAGAAUAAAUUUCAAUUUUUAUUUAAUAUUGAACAAAUCAAAGUUCAUCUUUGCAACCAUUUACCUACCAGCAUGAAUGAACAAAUGAACAAAGCAAUCCAAUUCUAUCGACAAGCAAGUCAACGUAAUGGUAUAUAUUGUGGACAAUUACAAUUAAGUGAUCAUUCGUGGGACGUAUUUAUUCAACAUUUACUUAUCGACUACGAUCGUAUUGAAUAA